AUGGCAGAGAAAGUUCCAAUUAUGUUAGGAGGAACAGACUAUACACAAAUAUUUAUUGCUGUUUUCGUUAUAGUUAUAACGUUAGUUCUUUUCGCACUUUACAAGAGAAGGAAGGCCUCAAGACAAGGUAUCUUACUUACAGGGAUUUGUGAUACUGGAAAGACUUUAAUAUUUUCACAACUGAUUCAUAAUAAGCACAUACAGACACAUACUUCAAUCAAAGAAAAUAUUGCAAAUUUUGCAAACAAUAAUGAAGUUCUUAGAAUCAUAGAUAUUCCUGGUCAUGAACGUUUAAGAGACAAAUUUUUUGAACAAUACAAGGACAUUACGAAAGGGAUUGUUUAUGUAGUUGACUCAAAUACUAUUACCCAGGACAUCAGAGAUGCUGCUGAAUUUUUAUAUAAUAUUUUAGUAGAUCCAGUAAUACUUAAAAACAAGCCAAACCUAUUGAUUCUAUGUAAUAAACAGGAUUUUACUUUUUCCAAGGGAGGAUCUGCAGUUAAGGCUAUUUUUGAAAAGGAAUUAAACACUCUACGUAUCACCAAAUCCAGCCAACUUGAAUCAGUAGACCCAAAGGCUAAAAGAGCUGCUCUCCUGGGAGAUCCUGAUGAAGAUUUUGACUUUGCUGGUUUGCCAAUAAAAGUUGACAUUGCUGAAAGCUAUGCCUUCCACAAAAAUGGCUCAGUUGAUAUUGAAGGCUUGAAAAAAUGGCUAGCUAGACUCUAA